UGGAUUAAAACUGCCUUGUUAGUGCAUAUCAAAGUGUGUGUGUGUGUGUGUGUGUGUGUGUGUGUGUGUGUAUGUGUGUGUGUGUGUGAUCUUAUUUAUCCCUCUUUGCCUUAGGUCUGGAGAACUGGAAGCUAUCAAAGCCAUUCUGACAUCUUAUUGGAAUCUAUCAUUUGAGGGAGGAAUAGUAGCCAUACGCUCAGUGAAAAGGAGUUUGUGAAUAAUUCCCCUGAAAAUUUUCUCUCUCAAUUUGAGCAGUCAUAGAUGCAUUGCUUCUUUUUGAAGCUCUAUCUUAUUCUGAGUUAUAAACAAAGAACAGCGAACUGCGGAACUGAACAGUCCACUCUGUGACAAGUUCCUCUGUAUAGGUUGUGUGACUUUUCUAACUUCCAUGAUGGUCCAAAAAGAUGUUACAAGGGUAUAAUGCCCUAUUGUAAGAUCUAUACAGACAGGCAAGAAGGAUGUAAUUCCCUCUCUAGGAACAAACAUCAAUUACCCACAGGGGUGAGGGAACCCAGCUGUCAGCUUUGGUAAGAAAAGGCAAUCUUCUCUCAAACAAGGACAAUAAGACCACCUCCCACGUCACAUUCUCCAGGUGUUUGUGUUGAUCCUGCUCUUUAAUCUUAACACUGUGGAAUCUUCACAGCUUUGCUUCUUCACAGCCUGCUCUCACCGACUCCACCCAUCCCAAUCCACAGGCACUGGGUGAAGGAUGGAACUUAGCUUAAUAGGACCCUAUCAGUGAGAUCAGGCUUGCUCCUUCAUGGUAGGCAACCCCUUUUUGGACCAUCAUAGAAGUUAGAAAAGUCACACAAUGACCAACUUAAACAGAGGAACUUGUCACAGAGUCGACUGUUCAGUUCCGCAGUUCAUUGUUCUUUGUUUAUAACUGCAAACCACAUUGCUUUCUAAGAGACUAAACCCAAGAGACCACACCCCAGGGUGUGGCUACCUGAAUCUCAGCCCUAAUAACAGACUGCAGCUUCUGCUCAUGAAGGAGCCCUGCUUUGAACUUCUGGGAAUUAUAAGCGACACAGAGAUCCGCAUUUGUUGCAGUUUCCACCGCAGGCCGGAUGUGUAAACACAAGAAAUACAAAAAUAGCGCAACGGCUAAAGGAGUGUCCCAGCACGGCGCGCCAAACCAGGCGGGAAUCGCGUAGGGCCGAGUCCCACCCGCCUGGGUUGCGGCCAAGACCCCUGCCCCACUUCAAAGCCCGCCGCGCCCCGCGUGGGGGGCGAUAUUCCUCGCUCCACCCUCCCGGAGGCGGUGCGGCUGAGCCCAGGACCCAAUUGGAGGAGGCGGGGCCGGGCGCGUGCACGCGCACAAAUGCCCGGAUGCCCCGCGACGCCCGGCGCGCUUCCCUCGGGCGGUAGGGGGCGCGCACCGAGUCACCGCGGUGAGCUUGGCUGCUUGUGGGGCCUGUGCGGCCCUGUGUGUUGGGAAGAUGGAGCAAGAAGCCGAGCCCGAGGGGCGGCCCCGACCCCUCUGACCGAGAUCCUGCUGCUUUCGCCGCCAGGACACCCGUCCCUCCUAGGACUAGUGCGUUGGAGCGCCCAGUGCCUGGGCCCCGAGAGUGGAAUGGUCCCCGAGGCCCAGGGCGUCGUGCUUCCGCGCGCCCCGUGAAGGAAAUUGGGGACCCUCGAGGGACCCCCGACUCUAACCGCGAAAACCCCGAAUGGUGUGAAGCAGCUGGGGCUAUUUAAACCAUGGAUUGUCCCAGCUGUGUUCAGUGGCUAUUGGAGGGUGGACCUGUGGGCACGGACGCACACUGCUUUUUCUCUACCGAUCCAGGCAAAUGUGCAAUACCAACAUGUCUGUACCUACUGAUGGUGCGGUAACCACCUCACAGAUUCCAGCUUCGGAACAAGAAACCCUGGUUAGACCAAAGCCAUUGCUUUUGAAGUUAUUAAAGUCUGUUGGUGCACAAAAAGACACUUAUACUAUGAAAGAGGUUCUAUUUUAUCUUGGCCAGUAUAUUAUGAAUAAACGAUUAUAUGAUGAGAAGCAACAACAUAUUGUAUAUUGUUCAAAUGAUCUUCUAGGAGAUUUGUUUGGUGUGCCAAGCUUCUCUGUGAAAGAACACAGGAAAAUAUAUACCAUGAUCUACAGAAACUUGGUAGUAGUCAAUCAGCAGGAAUCAUCAGACUCAGGUACAUCUGUGAGUGAGAGCAGAUGUCAGUUUGAAGGUGGGAGUGAUCAAAAGGACCCUGUGCAAGAGCUACAGGAAGAGAGACCUUCAUCUUCACAUUUGGUUUCUAGACCAUCUACCUCAUCUAGAAGGAGAGCAGUUAGUGAGACAGAAGAAAAUUCAGAUGAAUUAUCUGGUGAACGACAAAGAAAACGCCACAAAUCUGAUAGUAUUUCCCUUUCCUUUGAUGAAAGCCUGGCUCUGUGUGUAAUAAGGGAGAUAUGUUGUGAAAGAAGCAGUAGCAGUGAAUCUACAGGGACGCCAUCGAAUCCGGAUCUGGAUGCUGGUGUAUAUCGAGUUACUGUGUAUCAGGCAGGGGAGAGUGAUACAGAUUCAUUUGAAGAAGAUCCUGAAAUUUCCUUAGCUGACUAUUGGAAAUGCACUUCAUGCAAUGAAAUGAAUCCCCCACUUCCGUCACAUUGUAACAGAUGUUGGGCCCUUCGUGAGAAUUGGCUUCCUGAAGAUAAAGGGAAAGAUAAAGAUAAAGGGGAAAUCUCUGAGAAAGCCAAACUGGAAAACUCAACACAAGCUGAAGAGGGCUUUGAUGUUCCUGAUUGUAAAAAAAUUACAGCGAAUGAUUCCAAAGAGUCGUGUGUUGAGGAAAAUGAUGAUAAAAUUACACAAGCCUCACAAUCACAAGAAAGUGAGGACUAUUCUCAGCCGUCAACUUCUAGUAGCAUUAUUUAUAGCAGCCAAGAAGAUGCGAAAGAGUCUGAAAGGGAAGAAACGCAAGACAAAGAAGAAAGUAUGGAAUCUAGUUUGCCCCUUAAUGCCAUUGAACCUUGUGUGAUUUGUCAAGGUCGACCUAAAAAUGGUUGCAUUGUCCAUGGCAAAACAGGACAUCUUAUGGCCUGCUUUACAUGUGCAAAGAAGCUAAAGAAAAGGAAUAAGCCCUGCCCAGUAUGUAGACAACCAAUUCAAAUGAUUGUGCUAACUUAUUUCCCCUAGUUGCCCUGUGUAUAAGAGAAUUAUAUUUCUAACUAAUUAACCCUAAGGAUUCAGACAGCAUGAAAUUUAUUUACGUAUAUCAAAGGGAGAAAUUGCCUCAAUCCAUGUGGAUUUCUUCUUUUUAGUAUAAUUUACCUACUUUGGUAGUGAAAUAGUAAAUACUUACUUUGAAGAAAAUUUCAUUCUGUGUCUAUUUAAUAUUUGGGUUUUAACAUAAUUUGAAUUGAAUAGCUGAUUCUUUACCACAACCCCAAAUUUUAAAUAAUUUCUACUCUGUCUUAAAUGAGAAUUAUCUAUUUUUUAAAAUAUAUAUAUAUAUAUAUGGCAUUGUGAUGUAACUUAUUUAGUACCUUUCAUGUAAAGGGAAAUUGGUGGAAACAUUUAGUUUUUUGUUUUUUCAUUUUUCUUUUUUUUGAGACAGAGUCUCACUCGGUUGCGCAGGCUGGAGUGCAGUGGCACAGUCUUACAGUCUCCACCUUCUCAGUUCAAGCAGUCUCCUGCCUCAGCUUCCAGACCAGUUAGGAUUACAGGCACGAGCCACAACACCACCUGAUUUUUUUGUGGUUUUAGUAGAGACAGGAUUUCACCAUGUUGACAGCAUGGCCUUUAACUCCUAAACUCAAGUGAUCCACCUGCCUCAGUCUCCCAAAAUGCUGGGAUUAUAGGUGUAAGGCACCGUAACUGGCCCCAAAUUUUAGGUAUUCUUAGACCUUCUGAUCUUUAGUUUCUCUCUCCAAAAUAUUUUUUCUAGGUUAAAAAAAAAUUGGCUCUUAUAUUUGGUGCUAUGUAAAUAAAAAUGUGUUACUUUUUUUUUUUCUUUAAGAGUUCUUGUUUUUGCAAUGGAGACAGGGUCUCCUUAUGUUGUCUAGGCUGGUCUUGAGCUCCUGGACUCGAGGGAUCCUCCUAUCUUGGUCUCUGGAAGCGCCAGGUAGGAUUAUAGGCGUAAGCUACCCCACCCGGCUGUAAAAAUGUACUUCUUAUUCUCCAGCCUCUUUUGUAUAAACAACUGAAGUGAGGGAUGGGGGUAAUGAUGCUACCAGUGAAAACAGCUACCAUUUACCCAUAAGACAAAACUUUUUAAAGCCUCCUGAGUAAAAUAUGGCAUUGUCUUGGGAAUGUAACCUAGUAUAUCAAGCCCUUUUUCACACAAAAAAUCUUUUCAGGAUUUAGUGGAACCUGUUGUUUCUCCUAAGUUGAAAAACAACUGUAGGACACUUCAGGUCCCUUCCUGGGCUGGGUUACUUGGUGCCCAGCCCAGGCUUCAGACUUUUGCUUACGGCCAGUUUCGGAAACCCGUGAAUUCAGAAGGGUCAAUUCAGAAAUUUGAUGAACAGAAUUGUUCAUUUAAAAACUAACUGAAAAGAUUGCAAGUUUUUUCUGAAUUAUCCAGAAAUGAUGCAUCCUUUUCCUUCAAGAAUGACAAGGUCAGAAUGUGGAAUUCCAAGAUACCUCUUGACUCUAGCUCAUGUUUGGUCAGUGGAGGCCCAUGUGAGCUCAGCAUGUGUACUGAGAAGUGUUAGUGUCUUUUAGAGCCAGUCUACCCUGCUCACAUCAUGGUGUUCAUCUGUAGCUACCGCACGGCGUUCAGAUUGUGUGAAUCCAAAUGUCAUAAAAACUUUAGAAGUGCAAUUCUCGAAAGGUUAGGUGGACUAAAACAUUCAGUAGAGCAACUGAUAAUAACAAGCUUACAGUGGAUAAUUCAUUUGAAUUUGAAAAAUAUAGAAAUGAACCUGUCAAAUACCAGCAAGAACUGAAGAAUAAAAUUACUGAGGUAGCGAAGACAGAUGCAAAGAUCAAACAAUUGCAGACUAAAUUUAUAAGGAACAAAUUGAAGAAAAAUAAAGGAAUACAGAAAGUUCAGGACAUCAAAGAAAUUGGACAAAACUCAUCUUGACCCUUGCAGGCAAAGGAAAGCAGCUGGAAGAAAAGAUGAUACAACCAUUACAACAGGAUGCAGAUGUGGAAGAGGUUUCCUAAAAAUCUUGUCUGUAACUGCUAAUAUAUUUGCAUUUGAAAAUCUCUUGGAGACUUAAAACCUCUAAAUUAUUAUUAUUUUUUUGAGACAGUCUUGCUCUGUUGCCAGGUGCCAGUCUGGAGUGCAGUGGCGCGAUCUCGGCUCACUGCAACUUCCGCCUUCUGAGUUCAAACGAUUCUGCUGC